CCGACGUCAUCAUAAGCGGACAACCUGACAUGGCCGAAGAAGUAGCUAAUGGGUGGUGAAUGUUUGUGUAGUGCAGCCCUUUGGUACUAACAUCUUUGCAGAUGUUGAAACAUUGAUUGUUUUUCCUUUGCUCCCGCAUAUUAUUUUAAUUGGAUAUUGCUUGUGAACACAUAAGAAGGUAAUAUUUUGACAGCCUAAGUUUAAACGAACUAACUAGCAACGCUAGCAACUAGCUACUAGUGGACCUGGUCUCCACUGCUGAACUUCCUCCAAAAGAGUCAUGUUUCACAAUAGCUCACAGAAAAAGUUUUGGAUAUUCGACAGCGAAGAAAGACUUGAACAGAUAAGAUAUGAGGCUAACCACAAAUACCGCAACAAAAUACUUGCCAGUGGUAAGCCGGGAGUUAAUGAAUCAUUGCUCCUGGAGCCUCAAGAGGAGGCUGUUCUUUACAGACACUAUGAGAAAAGACUGCUCGACUUCUGCAAUGCUUUCAAGCCUGUCAUGCCCAAGUCUGUGGUGGGCACUGCCAUCAUGUAUUUCCGGAGAUUUUACCUGAACAACUCUCUAAUGGAAUACCACCCCAGGACUAUAAUGCUGAUCUGUGCCUACCUGUCCUGUAAGGUGGAUGAGUUCAACGUGUCCAGCACCCAGUUUGUGGGGAACCUGCUGCAGGAGAGUCCUGCAGGGCAGGAGAGAGCCCUGGAGCAGAUCCUGGAGUUUGAGCUCCUGCUCAUCCAGCAGCUCAACUUCCAUCUGGUGGUCCACACCCCCUACAGACCCAUGGAGGGCCUGCUCAUAGACUUGAAGACGAGGUACCCCGUGCUGGAGAACCCCGAGUCCCUGAGGAAGAGCGCCGACGACUUCCUGACACGAGCCACCAUGACCGACACGGGCCUGCUGUUCCCGCCGUCGCAGAUCGCCUUGACGGCCAUCCUGAACAGCGCCUCGCGGGCCGGCCUCAACAUGGAGAGCUACCUGACAGAGUGCAUGGGACUGAAGGACGACAAGGAGACCCUCCUAAAGAUGUACGAUGGAAUGAGACGAAUGAAAAACCUCAUGAAGAAAUAUGAACUUCCCAAGCCAGAGGAAAUAAACGUUUACAAGCAGAAGUUGGAGAAGAUCCAUGCAGAACUUUCCUCAAACUCAAACACGAAGAGAAAACGAGGAUACGAGGACGACGACCACGUGGUGAAAGAGCCCCGGAUGACUGAGGAGGAGGAGUGGACCGAUGAGGACCUGCUCUGACCGCUGCAGGGAGACAUGCGAGCAUCCCAUCCCUUACUCCAGCGGGGCUGACCAUGCACUGGUCCAGGGCUGGACGGGACAGUUCCAGCCACUCCAGAGGGGAGACGUUGAUUUAGCGAGCUUCACUUACGUUCCUACUGGAGCCCUUGCCUCCUCAACUACCUUACUAUCCACUGCCUCUGUUAAACAAUAAAGAUAUUUUUGUACAGAA